AGGAUGUCAUAACACCAUUUGUGCGGUCAUGAUGCGCAUGUGUGUCUCGCGGCGCUCUGCCGCGCAAGUGGCCAAGUCGGCAUGGCAAAUAUCAAUCUCCCGUAACGUCAGCGACUGGUGCAGCAAGUCGCUGCUGACUGCGGCAAAGGCUCUCGACUCGGGUGAUGUCUCGGCCGUGGAGCUUACGCAGGCCUGCAUCGAUCAAGUGGAGAAGACGCGUGCUUUCAAUAUGUUCGUAUCCACGGACUUCGAGCGUGCGCUACAGUUGGCCAAGGCGUCGGACGAGCGACGUGCAGCUGGUCAUUCGCUGGGUCUCCUAGACGGUAUCCCUGUUGGUGUCAAGGACCUCUUUUGCAUGGAGAAUGUGCCCACCACAGCCUCCUCCAAGAUAUUAGAGAACUUUUUGUCUCCAUACGAGUCGACAGCGACUCAGCGACUGCUGGACCAGGGCGCCGUGCCGCUCGGAAAGCUCAACAUGGACGAGUUUGCCAUGGGCUCCGGUACAAUCUAUUCCAAGUUCGGAGCCACCAUUAACCCGUGGUCCAAGGAUCUCGGUGACAACGCAGUUGUGGCCGGUGGGAGUUCUGGUGGCAGUGCAGCAGCGGUGGCGUCGGGGUGCUGUUUUGCAGCGCUGGGAUCGGAUACGGGAGGGUCGGUACGCCAGCCUGCUGCGUAUUGCGGUGUUGUCGGCCUGAAGCCGUCGUACGGACGUGUGUCGCGUCAUGGCAUGAUUUCGUACGCGAGCUCGCUGGAUACGCCGGGAGUUUUUGCCAGAUCUGUCGGGGAUGCCGCCGUUGUCUUGCAAGCUAUUGCUGGCCCUGAUCACAUGGAUUCGACUUGCAUGACUGACGAGCUGCCUGAAAACUGGUGCUCAAACACAGUGGAGACAUCACAGCAAUCCAAACAAGUCGACCUCACUGGUGUUCGAGUUGGCGUUCCCGCAGAAUACUUCGUUAAAGAGCUGCCCGAGGAAAUCCUGAGCGUAUGGAAUAACGGUGUCGCAUGGCUUCGUGGUGCAGGGGCUCAGGUUGUUAGUGUGUCGCUUCCGACGACAAAGCUGUGCAUCCCAGCGUACUAUAUCCUGGCUUGUGCUGAGGCAUCUUCCAACCUGUCUCGCUAUGACGGCGUUCGCUACGGCUACAGGGCCAAGGACAUCGCAUUGGAGACGCAAGAGGAUCAAUCUGAUGCCCUCCAUGACUUGUAUUGCAGAACACGAUCGGAGGGGUUUGGAGAAGAAGUGAAGGUAGAAAAUUAUUGAGGUUCUCAUUAUGGGAUGAUAAACUAAAGAUGUGGCUGAUUUCCACUGUAGCGCCGUAUCCUAUCCGGCACCUUCGUCCUGUCCGCUGGAGCCAUGAGUGACUACUAUGAACGAGGCGUGAUUUUACGCCAACGUAUCCGACAGGAUUUCCAGCGAGUUUUCGAAGAGCAAGGUGUCGAUGUGUUGCUGACUCCAACGACUCCCUCAGGUCCAUUCCCUGUCCAGAACAAACAGGCGAAGGAAGAUCCGGUCAGCAUGUACCUCAACGACGUCAUGACCGUGCCGGCGAAUAUGGCUGGUGUUCCUGCCAUCUCUAUUCCGGCAGCACUGACGAGGGAUAGUGACUACCCACUCGGACUGCAGCUUAUGGGUGGUCGCAAGACGGAGGAGCGUUUGCUGCAGGUGGCGAAUGCUCUCGAACAGCGAGCUAGUUUUGGUGAUCUAGUUCCUGCACGUGUGUACGCAACUGAAAGAUGAGGGUUCGCAUGAUAGAUUUUCGCUAGAAAUGAAGUGCAUGGCUUACAAUAGCGGCUUCAGCUCUACAACUUUGUUUUUAUACCAACGAUAGACGCUACGGUAGUGGUAGAACUUGAUUGCUAAAACUUGAAGGUUUGAUGGGUAAAUUAUACAUCCUUGACUUGAAAAAGCGCUG